AUGAGGUCAACUAGUUUCAUUCUUUCGUUAAUUCUCCUCUUAUUUCAUGUUUCUCUGACCCACGCUGCUGGUGGCAAAUGGCAGCUCUUGCAACAAAGCGUUGGCAUUUCCGCCAUGCACAUGCAGCUCCUCCACAACGACCGCGUCAUCAUGUUCGACCGUACCGACUUCGGCCCCUCAAACCUGUCCUUACCCAACGGAGCAUGCGUUAAUAACGACUGCACCGCACAUUCCGCUGAGUAUGAUGUCAAAACUAACACUGUCCGCCCUCUCACGGUUUUAUCCGAUGUUUGGUGCUCUUCAGGGGCUGUAGCUCCCGAUGGCCGCUUAAUCCAAACUGGGGGAAAUGGCGCUGGAGAACGCCGCGUUAGGAUUUUCGAGCCCUGCACCGGUUGUGAUUGGAAAGAGAUUGAGAAUGCCUUAAACGCCCGCCGUUGGUACGCUACCGAUCAUAUUUUGCCCAAUGGACGACAGAUCAUCAUCGGCGGCAGGGGCCAAUUCAACUACGAAUUUUAUCCAAAGACCAAGUCUUCGAGCAAUCUCUACAGCUUGCCGUUCCUUACGCAGACCAAUGACGCCGGCGAGGAAAACAAUCUUUACCCUUUUGUUUUCCUCAAUAUGGAUGGGAAUUUAUUUAUCUUCGCGAAUAAUCGAGCUAUUCUGUUCAAUUAUGCAAAGAAACAGGUGGUCCAAACGUAUCCGCAAAUACCGGGCGGCGACCCAAGGUGUUACCCUAGCACCGGUUCAGCCGUGUUGCUGCCGUUAAAAAACUUGAAGGCUCCGUCUGUUGAGGCUGAGGUUUUGGUUUGCGGUGGAGCUCCAAAAGGGUCUUUUGCCAAGGUAAAUCAGGGUACUUUUGUGGAAGCUCUAAAGACAUGUGCUCGCAUCGAAAUAAACAACCCGAACGCGCAGUGGGUUGUGGAGACUAUGCCUCAAGCUAGAGUCAUGGGUGACAUGUUAUUGCUUCCAGAUGGUACUGUUCUACUCAUCAACGGUGCAUCAUCAGGAACUGCAGGUUGGGAAAAUGGGCGGAACCCGGUUCUCAACCCAAUUGUGUACCGACCUGACAACGCAAUUGGAUCACGGUUUGAACAACAAAAUCCUACCACCAUACCGCGGAUGUACCAUUCCACUGCAAUAUUGUUACGCGAUGGUAGGGUACUAAUUGGAGGUAGUAACCCUCAUGAUAAAUACGAGUUCACCAACGUGCUUUUCCCUACGGAAUUGCGAUUAGAGGCCUUUAGUCCAGAUUAUUUGGACGCUACGUACAAUAACUUGCGUCCGACAAUCGUUGCACCCAAUUCACAAGCUAAGAUCAAUUACGGAAAGAAACUAUCCAUUCAGUUUUCGGUGAAGGGAAACCUAGUAUCAAAAUCAGUGUCAGUGUCGAUGGUGGCACCGUCAUUUAAUACACAUUCGUUCUCAAUGAAUCAGAGGCUGCUAGUUCUUGGGGCGGAGAACAUUAUAAAGGGAGGGACAACGACCUACGAAGUUCAGGUGACUACGCCGGCUUCCCGUAAUCUUGCACCUUCAGGAUAUUAUCUUCUGUAUGUGGUUCAUCAACAAAUUCCAAGUGCUGCCAUCUGGGUCCAAAUUCAGUGAUAAAAUGAAGUUAUAUAUAUAAUAUCUUAUGUAUACAAUGUUUAAUAUUUCCUCUUCCUUUUUAUUUUAAUAAAAAAAUGAUUAAUUGUGAGCUGAAAACAUUAAAAUGUUCAUAGACAAAGAUCAAACUACAAAAGCCAACCGUUUGAUAUGUGUGUCAUUUAAAGAAUUAGAGUCAUAGCAAUUUGCAAGUUGUAUUGUUCUAUUUGAUUUUGAUCUUUUUACCAAAGAUUACAAGUUGUAAUUAAUCUGAUGAAUAAAGUUGCAUAUAAUUUCCGUCGAACUUUUUUUUGGCGCCAGUGCGUUAUCUUAUGAUUCUUAUGUACGUUGCAAAGAGUUUAUUUUGCAAGUUUUGUGCCCAAGACUAUUAAUAAUGCUUCUUCUUUUUUUUUUUCUUUUAAAAAUAGGGACAACUGUUGGCAAGCUACGAUUUUUUUGUUUUAACAAACGAUAUUAUCUACAAAAAAAGAGAUGGGGUGAACUAACUCUCACAAUGGCUAGCAAUAAUGUGGUUCGAAUUUGCCUAUGACGAGAAUUGAACCU